GCCCUCCCCAGCCCCGGCGCGGGCUCCGCAUAGGGCCGUAGGAGGCCGGGCGCUGGCGCGGCGGGGGUCUCAGUCCGCGGCCGGUGCGGAGGCGGCGCGUUCCGAGUCCACGCGCUGGAAGUCGGCGGCCAGCGGCUGCAUCUCUCGGCCGGCCGGCAGGUUUGCCCUUUGAAGAACCGGUUUCUCAGUUCUUGGAGGAAUAUCAGAAAAUGAACAAAUCUCAGGAAGGUGCUGUCCAAGGAUCUGUGUCAUUCCAGGAUGUGACUGUGAACUUCAGCCGGGACGAGUGGCUGUGCCUGAACAGGACUCAGAGGACCCUGUACCGGGAGGUGAUGCUGGAGAACUAUAGCCACCUGGUCUCUGUGGGAUGCUGCUUCACCAAACCAGACGUGAUCCUCAGGUUGGAGCAAGGAGAAGAUCCAUGGACAUUAGAGGAAGAGUUCCCAGGCCAGGCUUAUCCAAAAGUCCAGAAGCUAAGUGAUCUGGUAAAGAGAAGCCAGAGACACCAAGACGAACACUCGUGUUGUGCGUCCCUCCUACACAACACACUGACUGAGAAGAGAGAGAACGUUUCUGGAAAAACACGUAAUCUGGACAUAAACCUGGUUUCUUCAAGAAAAACACCCCAUGAAAAUGACUCAGGUGGAGUGAGUGUGAAACAAAUUUCAGAAUCAAGUGUUACUGAUAAAAAUGAUUCAAGUAGGAACUCCAGUGCACUUAACACACACGGGACGUCGCCUCUUGACUGUGAGCAAGAAAACACUCAGACUGGGAAGAAGUCCGAUGAGUGUAACCAGGGUGGGGAAUCUCUAAGUGGUAAUGAGGAUCUUACUGAGCAACAGGAAGUUCAAGCGUUGGGACCACCUUGGGAAGAUGAUGAUAGUGGAAAAGCCUCUCCUGAGCAGGCAGCCACCACCUCCCUCCAGACGGCACAGGCAGGAGAGAAGCCCUGUAACCACGAGGAGCCCAGAGGAAGUACCAGUGCCAUGUCAGUCCCCGAUGUCCCUCAGGAACAUCAGACAAGGACAGAUUGCCCUGAAGUUAACGAGUGUGAGAAGGCAGUGGUCUGUGAGCACCAGAAAGUUAACAUGGAGGAGAAAACCCAGGAAGCCAGUGAAAAUGAGGAGAUCAGCAAGGAGCCCCGUCUCACUCAAGCUCCUGGAGCUUACACAGGGGAGAACACCUUUGAAUGCAGUCGCUGCAGAACAUCUUUUUGCCAGGAGUCCCAACUCACUGACCAUCAGAGGACCCAUACACAAGGGGAACCUCGUAAAGGUAGUAAACAUGGGAAAACAUUCCAGAAGUCACAACUCACUGACUCAAAGAGAACUAACCGAAGAGAGAAACGCCGUGAGUAUAAAGCACGUGGAAAAGCCCCUGUGAAGUCCCCUCUCAGGGACCAGCAGAGGACACAGCCAGCAAAGAAGCUCUAUGUAUGUGAUGACUGUGGGAAACCCUUCCGUUACUGCUCAGCCCUCAGAGUCCAUCAGCGGAUCCAUACGGGGGAGAAGCCCUACAAGUGCCCUGAGUGUGGGAAGUCCUUCUAUGCCAAGUCCAACUUCACUCAUCACCAGAGAACCCACACAGGGGAGAAACCCUUUGAAUGCCAGGAAUGCGGGAAGUCCUUCUCUGUGAAGUCAAACCUCACUAAACACCAGAAGACACAUAGGGGGGAGAAGCCUUUCAAAUGUAGCGAAUGCGAGAAAACCUUCUUCCAGAAGUCGCAAUUUGCUGACCAUCAGAGAACCCACACAGGGGAGAAACCCUACAAAUGCACUGAGUGUGGGAAAUCUUUUUACUAUAAGUCAGCCCUAAACGUACAUCAGGGGAAGCACAGAGAAGAGAAACCCUACAAAUGUACUGAAUGUGGGAAAUCCUUCUGCUAUAAGUCAGCCCUGAUUAUACAUCAGGUGACUCACACAGGGAAGAAACCCUAUGACUGUAGUGAGUGUGGGAAAACCUUCUGUGUGAAGUCAAAUCUCACUAAACACCAGAAAAUUCACACAGGGGAGAAACCCUAUACAUGUAAUGAGUGUGGCAAAUCUUUCUCUAUGAAUUCAAUCCUCGUUGUGCACCAGCGAACUCACACAGGGGAGAAACCCUACAAAUGCAACGAAUGUGAGAAGUCCUUUUACAAAAAGUCAGCUCUUACUAAACAUCAGAGAACUCACACUGGGGAGAAACCACACGAAUGUCCUGAAUGUGGGAAGUCUUUUCAUAUGAAAUCCACCCUUAUUAUUCACCAGAGAACUCACACUGGAGAGAAACCCUACAAAUGUAAUGAAUGUGAAAAGUCUUUCUAUGUGAAGUCUCACCUUAAUAUCCAUCAGAGAAACCACACAGGGAAGAAACCCCAUGUGUGUGGUGAGUGUGGGAAAGCCUUUUCUAUGAAGUCGAACCUCACUGAUCAUCAGAGGACGCAUUCAGAGGAGAGACCUUACAAAUGUAACGACUGUCAGAAAACCUUUCGCCACAAGUCAACCCUAACUGUACACAAGAGAACUCAUACAGGUGAGAAACCCUACAAAUGUAAUGACUGUGGGAAAUCCUUCUAUAUGAAGUCAGCCCUCAGUCAACAUCAGAGAAUACACACAGGCGAGAAGCCCUACGAUUGUAAACAGUGCGGGAAGGCCUUCUUCCAGAAAUCACACCUCACUAAACAUCAUCGCACACACACAGGGGAGAAGCCCUAUGAAUGCAUGGAAUGUGGGAAGACCUUCUUCCAGAAGUCACACCUCAUCGAACACCAGCGAACACACACUGGGGAGAAACCCCACGAGUGUAGUGAAUGUGGGAAAUCCUUCUGCUAUAAGUCAGCCCUAACCAUCCAUCAGAGAACUCACACAGAGGAGAAACCCUACAAAUGUAGUGACUGUGACAAGUCUUUCUGCAUGAAAUCACACCUCACUGUACAUCAGAGAACUCACUCGGGGAAACAUCCCUUUGAAUGUUAUGAAUGUGGGAAGUCUUUUUAUGUGAAGUCAAACCUCAUCAACCACCAGCGGACUCACACCGGGGAGAAGCCUUAUAUAUGCAGUACGUGUGGGAAAUCCUUCUAUAUGAAGUCGGCCCUCACAGUUCAUCAACGGGGACACACCGGGGAGAAGCCCUAUGAAUGUAAUAAAUGUGGGAAAGCCUUCUGCAAGAAGUCGGCUCUCACUAGUCAUCAGGUGGUUCACAGGAGAGCGACACCCUGAACUGCAACCAAUGCGCAGUAUCCUCCUGCGUGGGGUCAGGCUUCGUCACACCAGGAGGACUUGCAGGAGGAGACGCGAAUGUAACCACACGGCAGCCCUCACACACGGCAGCCCUCACGUGUAACUUCAGUCUUCAGCAUGAGGGGGAGGGGCUGGAUGGCUCUCUGUGAGUGAAAUGAAUAUGGGAAGACUGUGUGUCCUGUCUUAAUUAUAUGUCAGAGGACUCCAACGGCAGAGAGCCCUGAGACCAUCCUGUGUACAUUGUAUCCACCAACAUGUCAAGUGCACAUUGCAGAGAAAGCACAGAGGAAGCAACCAAAGUACAAAGGCAUUUAUGGUCAUAGCUUUACUGCACCUCAGGUAAUUGAUGUGGGUGUGAAACUGGGUAUUUUAUGUGCAUGUAAGCUUCAAAAAAAAUCAAGCUAAAUUGAAAAAGUAGAUAGGAAAAAACACUGAGGGAACAUCUAUUCAUUCAGGUGAUGGGGCACUCUUCACGCUUCUGGAAAUGUAAUGCUGGAAGUCGUGUUUCAGACUUGGUUCCAAAUUUUGAAAAUAUGAUGUAAGGUGUGUCUAAUCUUUGGCUGACACAGGUUUUUGAAAAACCCAAGCUGAUGCAGCAAGCUGUCUCUGUAGAUAUUUGAAGAGGACUUGAGGUGGGCAGGGCUUCUGAAUGUCAGUAGGUAGCCUGCUCAUGUUGUGUACCUUUGGUUUUCAUGGCGAAACUCAAGGCAGUUGCCGGUGGGAAAUGUCGCCCCCUAGCUUAAUAACUGUUAUGACAGACUUCCCACACUGAGGCCACCAAAGUUUCUUUGUAUCUUAACAGUACAUUACACAUCAAGUGACAUUUGACAAAUUUGAAGUACUGUACUACAGCAUAUUAUUAAGUGAGGAAAGCAAAGUAUAAGAAACUUUAUGUAGCACAUUAUCUUUUGUGUAAGAAUUGAGGGGACACGUGUGUGUGUGUGCAUGUGUACCUUUUUAUGAAGUUUUGACUUUUGAAUGUGGUUAUUUACAUAUGUGAAAGGAAAUAAAAGCAGGUUUUAAAAUCGAAAAUAAAGAGAAUACUCAAGGUGAUUUCACAUUGCUAAACCAACCACACAGAAAUAUCAGAGACUUUUGAACACAGUAUCAUAACUGUACUUCCUUAAUUGGGACAUUUUGCAGGAACAAGAAGGGUCAAAGAACAUGAUAAAUGUCACUCAUUAAUUUCCAUGUUAAUAAUAUUGGUGCUGUUCUUAACCUAUUUUGUGUAUGUUUUAGGACAAAGCAAAAAGGAACCAAAAAUUUCUAGUUGCUGAUUUUUGUUCUGUUUUACUGGACUGAUUCUUAUUGUGCUAAGGAUUAUGUUUUUAUUGCUUUUGCUUUACAAUGGUUUUGUACAUAUUGAAGAGCAAGUCCCUCUGCUCUGUUUUUAAAAAAUAAAAAAUCCAGUUCUUCAGGUAAAACUAACUCCCUAUA